CGACCGGGGCGGGGCCUGUGGGGGGGCGGGGCCUGUGUGGGGAGCCGGCCCGCGGGUUCGCUCCGCCACAGCCGGGCCUCGCUGCAGCCAUGAUCCACAGUCUAUUCCUGAUCAACGCCUCGGGGGACAUCUUCCUGGAGAAGCACUGGAAGAGCGUCGUUAGCCGCUCCGUCUGUGACUAUUUCUUUGAGGCGCAGGAGCGGGCCUCGGAGGCGGAGAACGUGCCGCCGGUGAUCCCCACGCCGCACCACUACCUCCUUAGCGUCUACCGCCACAAGAUCUUCUUCGUGGCCGUCAUCCAGAGUGAGGUACCGCCGCUCUUCGUCAUCGAGUUCCUGCACCGCGUCGUGGACACGUUCCAGGAUUAUUUUGGUGUCUGUUCAGAGGUAAUAAUCAAGGACAAUGUUGUGGUGGUUUAUGAAGUGCUGGAGGAGAUGCUAGACAAUGGCUUUCCAUUGGCAACAGAGUCUAAUAUUCUUAAGGAACUGAUAAAGCCUCCUACUAUUCUGCGAACAGUCGUCAACACCAUCACAGGAAGCACUAAUGUGGGUGACCAGCUUCCCACUGGACAGCUCUCAGUGGUGCCUUGGAGACGUACUGGUGUAAAAUAUACCAACAAUGAAGCCUAUUUUGAUGUGAUUGAGGAGAUAGAUGCAAUCAUUGACAAAUCGGGUUCCACUAUUACUGCUGAAAUCCAAGGAGUAAUUGAUGCUUGUGUCAAGCUGACUGGGAUGCCAGACCUUACCCUCUCCUUUAUGAACCCUCGGUUAUUGGAUGAUGUCAGCUUUCACCCAUGUGUGCGUUUUAAGCGCUGGGAGUCAGAGAGAAUACUCUCCUUCAUUCCUCCUGAUGGAAAUUUCCGCUUGCUGUCCUACCAUGUCAGUGCUCAGAAUCUUGUGGCAAUUCCUGUCUACGUUAAGCACAACAUCAGUUUUCGUGAUAGCAGCUCACUGGGACGGUUUGAGAUCACAGUGGGGCCAAAGCAGACUAUGGGGAAGACUGUGGAGGGAGUGAUGGUCACUAGCCAGAUGCCAAAAAGUGUCUUGAAUAUGACCCUCACGCCCUCUCAAGGCACACAUGUCUUUGAUCCAGUUACAAAGUUACUGUCAUGGGAUGUUGGGAAAAUAAACCCCCAGAAACUGCCAAGUCUGAAGGGGAGCGUAAGCCUGCAAGCUGGGACAUCGAAACCAGAUGAAAACCCCACCAUUAAUCUGCAGUUUAAAAUUCAGCAGCUGGCUAUAUCUGGACUGAAGGUGAAUCGCCUGGACAUGUAUGGGGAGAAGUACAAGCCAUUCAAGGGGAUAAAAUACAUGACUAAGGCUGGCAAGUUCCAAGUCCGAACCUAGAGGCUGCUGAUAGCGACGAAGAGCACUUUACCUGUUUUCCCUGUCCCUGGCUGUUGGAAGCAGCCUCUUAUCCCAUCCAUCUAUUUAGGGUUGCUCCCUUCUCUGUUGUAGCAUAAGCAGUAAAGCCAGUGCUCAGAGUGCUGGAAAGCAGGGAAAAGUAAGGUUGACCUGAAACCACCUCAUCCCUACCUGAGUCUGAAGUAUUUGGAACAAUAGCAGAUGGGAGAGUUGCUCAGGACCCUUAGGAUUAGCAAGUCAGCUCUGUAAGCUUGUAUCACCUUCAUUUUGCUGUCUUAGAGGAAAUUCUAGCAAUUUAUGGCCUUUUGCAGCUUCUCUUCCUUGUAUUUUGUUUGGCUUUUAUCCCGUGUUACGUGAUAAAAAGUUGAAUUUCCACAAACUUCAGUGUAAUGAUCCAGCAUCUGCAUUCCUGUAUCACUGGGUGUUAGGGUGUCGAGUUGUGUAGUUCUUGCCAGCAGGGAGAACAUCUAGCUGUUCUGCCUCAAAAAGACUAGCAGAAGUGGAAGGGUAGAUUGUUCUACCCAGGAUGGGAAGUUGAGAAGCCUGAGAUUGGGAAUGGUGCCACAAAGGGAAGAAGUGCAUUCUUUCUCUAGGUACUUCAUAAGGCAUUCUGUUCAUCAAGGAUCUUAAGUCUCUGAACACAGACUUGAAAUACAUUCAGAUCUUGUAACUGAUGGGCGGUGGUAUCUCCAUGUAAUUCUGCUUCUCCUCUUACUUCAUCAGUGUUUGAACGUAGGAAUUCUCCUAGCUUAUUUGGGGAAUCUGAAGAGACAGACAGGGGAACUUCUGUAGAGAGAAGCUGUGGCUACAUGAAGAUAACCACUGUCCUAGUUACUUGUUGGAACCUCUUUUAGCCUCUCCUUGCCUAUUGCAAAUGACGGUGAUACUGCUGUUUUCCUGCUCGCUCAUGUCUUCCUUUGAGAUAAUUGUGACCUGGUACCUUUAUAGUGUUCCUCCUGUCCUACCUCAUUUCAGUUCCUCUACCAGUCAGGUGCUGUGCAGAUGGAUUCAAACCUAUGCCAGAUUUUUCACUGGGAUCAUCUCUUCCUCAGGAGCUGUUGCUGUAUCUGUCCAUUCCAGCCUAUGGUAUAUCCCUCUGUACAGCAGAAAUAGAAAAUGAGAGGCACCUGCACUGUUCAUAUUGUCUGUUACAGGCUCUUUGGCCACUACAUGCCAAUGUUGUCAGCAGAACGGAGUGACCCUGAACGAGGGGUAGCAUUCAUUCCACCUUGCAUGUGGUGCACACUUCCAGUGGAUGAGUGGCAUCUUGCUUGUGGGAUUACUAGUUCCCAUGCAGCUGAAGAAUCCCAUAACAGGUGGCAUUCUGCUGAGGUGACGUUACUGCUGAGCAUGUUCAGUGCAAACAAAACCUUCAACAAGGGCAUCAAUAAAAUUUUUACAUGUCAUCUGUGUCAUUUCAGAGUGGUUUGUACAGGCUUUAUAAGAAAUAAAGUUGGUAUUUAAGGAUGAAUGUAAA